CCUGCUCUAUCAGUUUGCUGGUCGACCUUGAGCUCCGUUACAGCGACCCAAAUGAGCCUUGUUGCCAGCUCAUCUACGACCAGUCCCUCUUCCGUCCCAAUACCAUCGAAGCGUUCUGCGACAGCUUCGUGGACGUUCUCGAGAACUGCCUUCUCCGUCCUGACCUGGUGGUCGAGGAGAUUCCAUUUCAGCACUCCGUGAAACACCUGAAACGGUUUGGCGUCCCACUCGCCCCGCCUCCACCUCCACCGACAUCCCCCCUCGUCGAUGCUCUCAAGAAGUCUGUGGACGCACACCCCGACAUGUUGGCCUUACAGGAGAGAGAAUUCUUGCUGACGUAUAAGCAGCUGAACACGGCCUCGUCCUUGCUGGCACGGAAGAUCGUACAGGCAUUGGGAGACGCGUGCGAGUUCGUCGCAAUGUGUAUCCCUCCGUCAACUCUCGCUGUCGUAUCUAUCUUCGCCAUCGUCAAAGCCGGAGCUGCAUAUGUGCCCUUGGACGUCCGCUACCCUCCAGAGCGUCUCGAGAUGCUCUUGCGCGAGAGUGGUGCAGGACUGCUUAUCACGACUUCGCAGUCGCCAGAGUUCGCCGGCGACGCGGAGGGUAUCACCCACCUCGACAUCUCCAAUUUCCUUGCUGAGAUCGACCUCGCCUCCCCCGCCGACUUCGUCUGCGCUCCUCGCACGGAUGCCGCCUACGUCAUGUACACAUCUGGCAGCACUGGUGUGCCGAAGGGAGUGGUCGUCAUGCAGUCCGCGGUGGUCGCACUGGUCUCGAACACGGACGUCUUCCCAUUCCAAGCUGGCGACAGGAUCGGGAUGAUCAACAACCUCGCAUGGGACGCCAGUAUCAUCGAUAUCUGGUGCACGCUCCUUUCCGGCGCCACUGUCGUCUGCUUCAACCAGUACGACAUCCUGGACCUUGUCGUUCUUGCAGGGCAAUUCCAGCUCUUUGAUGUCACAGGCUGCUUCAUGUCUGUUGCACUGUUCAGUCAAGCCCUCGACCUCGCACCCCAGCUUUUCCGCAAGCUCCGCAUUCUGCAGGUCGGCGGAGAGGCCUCUUACUAUGAGAAUCUACAAAGAGUGAAAUCAGUCAAUCCGCUGAUCCGUAUUCUUAACGGUUACGGCCCGACGGAGACUUGUGUCUUCGCCGCCACGUUCUGGGCUGACGCUCCCAACAUGCCCACGUCUGGACCAGUUCCCAUUGGCCGACCGAUGUCAACCGCUCAGGGUCUCGUUGUCGAUACACAGGGUCGUCUAGUGCCCCCGGGCGUGGUCGGAGAGCUGAUCAUCAGUGGUGCUGGUGUCGGCCCAGGGUACCUGAGGAGGCCGAAGGAGACGGCCGAGGCCUUUGUUGAGCUUGGGUUUGACGAACUCGACCAAGGUGUCACUCGGUAUUACCGUACGGUAUGUCGCUUCCGUAUACCCUUCCCUUGCGCGUUUAAUAAUUCGUACAGGGUGAUGCUACGAGAUGGGGCUCGGAUGGACUGUUGCAUCUUAUCGGGAGGAUGAAUACCGGCCAGAUCAAGAUUCGUGGACAGCGACUGGAGCUCUCGGAGAUCGAGGUGGCCAUUCGCCAAAAUGGCUUGGCCAACGACGCUGCGGUCGUAUAUCUCAAGUCUCAUAAAGGCAAGGACGAUCUGCUUAUUGCGUACGCUGUUGCUGCUGCGCCAACAUCGGCCUCGCAGCCCCACUCCCUCUCACUACGGCUCCUCGAGACGCUGCGCAAGACUCUUCCAUCGUAUAUGAUCCCUCACCUCGUGCGCUGGAUUCCGACCCUCCCUCUGACGCCUAAUGGUAAACUGGACCGCUCCCAGCUCCGAGCGCGUGCGGCUGCCGACGCCGAUAGCAUGUUGAAUGUUGACGCAGAGGAGGACGAUUCGGGCGAGCCCGAGGACGAGGUCGAGGAGCGCCUCUGUAGGAUCAUAGAGGUCCUCCUUGGUCGUACAUCUAUUCGUCGAUCUUCGAACUUCUUCGACGCAGGUGGCCAUUCGCUCCUCGCCUCCCGUUUGGUCUUCCGGAUACAAGAAGCUUUCGAUGUUCCGUUUGCUCUAAUGGACGUGUUCCACACACCCGUAGUCAAGGCAAUGGCGGGCAAGAUCAGGCAAGCGAUCGCUGCCAAGCCAGUUGAUCAGACAUCGAUGACAGCUUCGACGACUGCCUCGGCGUACCAGGAGUUCCACAUACCCCAAGUGCUCGUCUUUUUUGAGGAACCUCACAAGCCGUUCUUAUUCUGUGUCCCCAUGGUCACUGGUCUCGGUCAUAUGUUUGCCGCGCUGUCUCGCUCCACCGACAUGUUCAACGUCGUGGCCCUCAACGACCCUGGGUAUGUCGCACUCGAUGACUUCUCCCAAGACCAGGUGUCAACAGGUCACGCCAGCACUCUGCGCGAUUCAGACAUGCACACUGUCGAGAACCAAGCAAAGUACUACUACGCGCGCAUCGUCGAAGAGCUGGGCCGCAUAGGCAACGCCACGCCCGGUAUCGCGCCGUUCAACAUCCUAGGUUUUUCCUACGGCGGGCACGUCGCGGUCGAGGUGGCGCGCCUCGCUCAGCGCGAGGGCUGGAAUGUCAAUCUCUUCGUGCUUGACUCGUCGGCGCAUCCUGUGGAUGACGCCGCGCUGACGCAGGCGAAGAUCGAUGAGACCGUGCUCACGGUUCUUCCGAUGGCAAUGGGUGCCAUUGGGUUGCAGUUGGGAGACAUGGGUGGGCAAGGCGUGCGCCUGGAGCACGAUAUCGAAGCCUGCGCCCUCGCUAACUUCCGCGCUCUCUACGUGCAUGCGAUGCCGCGGUACGAGGGGCACGUCACGCUGUUCCGCACGGAGUCGAACACGGACCACGGACUAGUUCCGCUCGUUAGCUCGUUGGACGAGGUCGUCUUGCACGGUAAUCACUACCGCUUGCUCGAAGAAGAAUCUGGGAAUUUGUCUGUGAUUGGUGCCAAAGUUUCUGCUGUCAUCAGCGCAUAGAUCUCGUCGUUUUUGCUCAGCUUUUGUACAUCUUGCAAUUGUCAUGUCACAUCGUUCUUCGUAUAAUUCAACAUCGAGGUCAUCCUCGUCGAGACCCAGUUAGU